UACAUACAUCAACUGUUCGUGUUCCAGCACGGGCGAAAGCUGGGCUGCAUUUUCUACGCCGUUGCACUUACGCAGGGCUAAGUGUGUCAGUAUUAUUCCCACACAAAAAAAAGAAACAAAAAAACAAGGAACGACUGUUCUGUACGGGUCCUAUAGUGUUUAGUGUUCUGGUGCUGUGUUGUUCAAUGCUUAUCAUCCGCACGUGCAUCGGUACCAUCGCAACGGUAGUAAAGUUGCACACUGCACCAAGCAAACCAGCGAAGAGAAGGUGCAUCUGCAGCAGCACUGCACCAGCAUCAUUUGCAUUCCGGUGAAAGUGGCCAAGGGGGUUGUGUGCAUGCAAGCAGGAGCAGCAACACGCUCACCAACAUUCCAGCCAGAUCGGUCCCAGUAGCCGUAGUAAAGUAAAGUAAUCGCAGUGCAGGAGCGCCCUUUUUCGGCCCACCUCUCUCCUUUCCUUCCCUUUCUCUACCUACUGCUGCGAGCCCGACAACAACAACAAAACGGUGGUCGUCUUAAGGGUCAGUCGAACCCCCUUAAUGCGCUUCUCGCUGCGUCCGUUCUCGAAUACUGGCGUAAUGCUCGACUUCAGCUUUACGCUGUUCGUGUCGGUGCUGCUCGGGCUGGGGCUGAUGUGGCUCGCCGGGCGGUACUUCCUGAAGGAGGACGUCGUGUACAUACCGGACAACUGCCGCCGCCACGCCUGGAAGUCGGUGAAGCUGCUGGCGCGCAGCUGCGUCUGUUCCGUGUGCGAUACGUCCAUGUCCUCCAAUGGGCAUUUCUGCGAGAGCUGCGGCGUCUGCUCGGACAACGGGUGCGUGCGCAAGGCGGACGAGAAGUUCCCCUGCAAGCAGCUGCGGAUUCGUACGCGGGCGGACGACGGCUCCACCUGUCGGCACCUGUGGGUGAAGGGCAAUCUGCCGCUCGGGUCGGAGUGCUGCGUGUGCCGGGAGGAUAUCGAUCAGACCUCGGAGCUGGGGCUGUUCGGGCAGCGGUGUGCCUGGUGCCAGCGGAUGGCACACGAUAAGUGCUUCAGCGAGGUGUCCUCGACGCUGUGCGAUUUUGGCCCGUUCAAGGAGAUGAUCUUUCCGCCGAAAUGCAUACUGGCGUCGCGCAGUAAGGUCGCCCAGAAGGUGCAUCUGACCGGGAUUAUACCGCCCGAAUGGAAGGCGAAUUGGCGACCACUGAUCGUGGUUGCAAACUCCAAAUCCGGCAGCAGCGGUGCCGACCAGGUCGUGGCCCUCAUGCGCGGCAUCCUUCAUCCGCUGCAGGUGUUCGAGCUCGGUCAGCACGGGCCGCACGAGGCCCUGCAGUGGGCUAUACACGCGGCGCCCACCCGCUGCCGCAUACUGGUUGCCGGUGGUGACGGCACAGUAGGCUGGGUGCUGAACACCAUCCUGCAGAUGAAGGUUGAGCCACACCCCGAGGUGGCCAUACUGCCGCUCGGCACCGGCAACGAUCUGUCCCGCGUGCUCGGAUGGGGUGCCGAAGGGCCGGACGAGUUCGAUCCGAUCGAUUACCUGACGCGCAUUGCGCAGGCGGAAACGGUACAGCUGGAUCGCUGGCUGGCGGAAAUCAACACACACUCCAGCUUGGCAAGGUUUCAUGUGCCCGGUUUCAGCCAGUCGCGCCACUUUUACAUGUACAACUAUCUGUCGGUCGGAGUGGACGCGCUGGUCACACUCAACUUCCACAAGGCGCGGGAAAGUUCAUUCUAUCUGUACAGCAGCCGGUUUGUGAACAAGCUACUGUACCUUUGCUUCGGCACUCAGCAAGUGGUGCAGCAGGACUGUGUGGAGCUGGAGAAGCACCUGGACCUGUACCUGGACGGUGUGCGCAUCGAUUUACCGUCCCUGCAGUCCGUCGUCGUUCUGAACAUCGAUUCCUGGGGUGCCGGCGUUAAGCUAUGGGAGAUGAGCAAAAACUCUCCCACACACAGCAUUAUGAAGGAAAUUCACAGCAUUUCCGACGGCAUUUUGGAGGUGUUUGGUGUGGUUUCGUCCUUCCACAUAGCUCAGCUGCAGGUGGGCCUCAGCAAACCGGUCCGCCUCGGGCAGGCAAAAAGCGUGCGCGUAAGUAUCUUAUUAGAGUAACUGUGCCAGUAUUGGACAG